CAAUUAAAGGGGCGGUGCCUAGUCGUGCUUCUCACCGGAAGUCUGACGUCGCACAGUAUUAUGUCAAAAAUAAAAAUCUACAUUCGAGGAAGUCAGAAGGGUACUGUAGCUAAAGCUAGAAGAGUGGAAUAAGACAAAUAUUGUCGUUUGUCGAAAAUAAGCUCUAUCGAAAACCCCUGAAGACCACUGCAAUGGCCGAGGAAAACAUCUUCCUUUUCGUUCCGAAUUUGAUCGGCUAUGCCCGCAUCGUGCUGGCUCUGCUUGCCUUCUACCUGAUGCCAUGCUGUCCAGUACCAGCUGUGUUCUUCUACCUGCUCAGUGCCCUCCUGGAUGCCUUUGAUGGGCACGCCGCCCGCGCCCUCAACCAAGGCACUAAGUUUGGUGCGAUGCUGGACAUGUUAACAGACCGCUGUGCCACCAUGUGUCUCCUGGUCAACCUAGCUCUGCUUUACCCCUCCUACACCUUCCUCUUCCAGAUCAGCAUGAGCCUGGACAUCGCCAGCCACUGGCUGCACCUGCACAGCUCAAUGAUGAAGGGAUCCACCAGCCACAAGGCCAUUGAUCUGUCUGGAAACCCCAUUCUUCGCCUCUACUACACUUCCCGGGCUGAUCUAACUGCUGUCUUCCAUAGCCGGUGCUAUUUGUCAUGUGUAUGGGGAACGAGCUCUUCUUCUGCCUGCUCUACGUCUCCUACUACAUUGAGGAACCCCAUGUGUGGCUGCAGUGGCUGCUUCAUGUCUGCGCCGUGGUGUGUGUGCUGAAGUCUGCCAUCAGCGUUCUGCACCUGAUCACCGCCUCCAGGAACAUGGCUGCCAUCGACGUGUACGACCGUGAGAGGGAGAGGAGCAAGGCCGAGUGAGAGAAGGAGAGGGAGGGGGGGGCUCUUAAUCCCUUGGUAUGUGUGUAGAUCUGAGAGGAUGGGUGUAACAAUUUGGUAAACCAAUCCACCUUGUCCUCUGAUAGGCUAGGUCAGGCUUUUUUUUUUCUCCUACAUUUUACACCGACCCAAUCCUCUAGGAUCUACUUGAAUGCCUAGGGGCUAGAGGUCGAGUUAGGAUAAGGCAAAGAAGAGGGGGAGAGAGAGAGAGGGAGGGUAUAGGAGGCUGUAGAUGGGUGCUUCUCAAUAGUCUAAAGUGGCUUCCUUUCCUCAUGUCCUUUCCUUCCAUCUGCACUGAUCUGAAAACAAGAGAUUGGUGAAAAUAGUAUGGUGGAUGCCUACUAGUCAACACUGCUUACCCAUCCAGUUAAUUCACAUCAGACGAGAAAAAGGAUUGGAGAUGAGGAGAGGAAGCCACUAGACUAUUGAGAUGCACCCUGUGUCCCAAAAGUCUCAAAUAACCCACUUUUCUUAGUCGCCGCUUGAGCACUGAUAGGAAAGGACGUGAAAUCAUUGGGGGAAAAUAACGUUAGUGAUAUCGAAGGGAAGGAGACAAGAAAAUUAAGCAAGGAAAUUAGGAUAUUUGAGAGGAUUGGGACACACAGAAAGCAGAGUCAGUUGCUGUGUUUGUAGAAUAGAGUUGAAGGUGUGAGAACAAAUAUUAUUGUGUGAUGUAGCAAAGAUGGAGGUGAAGCUUAGUCAGGGGACCUUUUUUAAAAACCAAACUGAUGAUGGCUAUUUAUUUUAGUUAGAAGAUUGAAACAACUUAAACCUUCUGUUAUUAAGCCUACUUGUAUAGUCUUAUAAGCCUGACAUAAUAACUGGUGUCAAAACUUGAAAAAGUAAACAGUAAUGCUAUAUUUUUGUAUGCUAGCAAAUCAUUGCGGGCUUUAAUAUUGUCUAGCUAACUAGCCAACAUGAAUCACUUUUCACCAGACCUUAUUUAGUAGACUUCAUAACCAAGGGUUUGAGCGAUACGUGUUAUCUUGAAAUACUCUUAAGUGGUAAUGUCCAUGUCACUAUUAUUGCUGUUCCUAUUCAUAUUUCAAUUCCUAUGGUUGUUUUUAUUAUUAUCUGUCGCCGUCAUCAGUAAUGAUUUGAAGUUGCACAACUUUCACUUGGGACAUGUCGCCCCCCCACCACAUUCUGAAAUGUCAUUUUUGUCGCCCCCAGUUUUAUCAUUGGAAUGUGAUUAUAAAACGAGGCAAUGAUGUGCUUUAGGACCAUGCGGACGCCUCCGAGCGGUCGGGUAGGCUGUUUGGAGUGUUUAUCCGACUGGAUAAGAAAAUAUAUAUAUAAUAAUAAUUGUCCCCCCCACUUCUAAAACCAAAGUUGCGCCCCUGGGUAGUGGUGACUGUAGAGGUGGUGUUGGACUUUUACGUUGCAGUGAUGAGUGGAUGGGGAAGACGCACACACUUAGAUAUAUGCGCACACUUUUUUUUUUUUUGCAGACACAUAUACACACACACAAACACGCUUGCCACACACAUACUCACACGCUUGCAGACAUGCAUUCAUCUAUAUUGGGCACAUUCCUGAGCUCAAGUGAAGACCACCUGAGUAUUAUGUUUUGAGUGUUCUUAUAACUAUUAUUCGACAAGCUUUUCUAUCAUCACUAUGUGACCGUGUGUAUUGAUAUACUGUGGCUGAUCUGUUUUAUUGUCAACCAUUAGAAACUAUGUUUGGAGUGUGGCGACGUUGCUAUCAGCCAGAUGGCAUCAAAGAUCUCUAGUUCGUUUGAGUUUCAACAAGACUUUUGGGAGAAUGUGCUGUGAGAGGGAGGAGCAAAAAACCCAAGCCAUGUAAGAUCUAUGAUAAUAUCUGAAAAUACAUUGUGGGUGUCAGUGUAAGAAAGGUGUUGUAAGUUUUAUUUCCAUGCAGUGCCUCCGGCUUGCAGAUAUUGUGGAGAAUGUCUUUGUCAAUGGCAAUAGAUGAAAAGGUAAUAAAGAUGUCUUUGAACCUA